AUGGAGCGGCCGGGAAGCAACGAGAGCUGCCCAGGCUGCCGGCUGGAGGGGGGCCCGGCGGCGGGAGCCGCCACCGGCCUGGCGGCCGUGCUUAUCUUCACCAUCGUGGUGGACGUGCUGGGCAACGCGCUGGUCAUCCUGUCCGUGCUGCGGAACAAGAAGCUCCGCAACGCCGGUAACAUCUUUGUUGUCAGCUUGUCCGUUGCAGACCUUGUGGUUGCAGUUUAUCCAUACCCUUUGAUCUUAAGUGCCAUCUUCCACAAUGGAUGGACCAUGGGAAAUGUCCACUGCCAGAUAAGUGGGUUCCUGAUGGGCUUAAGUGUCAUCGGGUCCAUUUUCAACAUCACGGCAAUCGCAAUCAACCGCUACUGCUACAUCUGCCACAGCCUUCGAUACGAUAAGCUCUUCAACCUGAAGAACACCUGCUGCUAUCUCUGCCUGACCUGGAUACUCACGGUGGUGGCAAUUGUGCCAAACUUCUUUGUUGGCUCCUUGCAGUAUGACCCCCGGAUUUACUCCUGCACCUUUGCCCAGACAGUGAGCACAUCGUACACCAUCACGGUGGUGGUGGUUCACUUCAUCGUCCCACUCUCUGUCGUGACAUUUUGCUACCUACGGAUCUGGAUUUUGGUGAUUCAAGUCAAGCACCGGGUGAGACAAGACUGCAAGCAGAAACUCAGGGCAACUGACAUCCGAAACUUCCUGACUAUGUUUGUGGUUUUUGUCCUUUUUGCUGUGUGCUGGGGACCAUUAAACUUUAUUGGCCUUGCUGUUUCAAUUAAUCCUUCAAAAGUGCAGCCACACAUUCCAGAAUGGCUUUUUGUCCUGAGCUAUUUUAUGGCCUAUUUUAACAGCUGCCUCAAUGCUGUGAUCUAUGGACUUCUUAACCAGAAUUUUCGGAAGGAGUACAAAAGGAUAUUGCUGACACUGUGGACUCCCAGGCUGCUGUUCAUUGAUGUGUCCAAGGGCGGGACAGAAGGGAUGAAAAGCAAGCAUUCUCCAGCCAUAACAACCAACAACAACCACGCUGAAAUACACCUAUGA